GGUAUUUUGGAAAGUCAACAAAAGAUUAUCCUCUUUAUUUUACUACUUUAAUCAAAAUGUUUUGAGUAGAGUUUGGUGUGAUGGAGAUAUCUUCGUCUUCUCUAUGGAUCAAAGAUUUGUGACGCAGUAAUUCCCAUUUCUUCUUCAAUCCCUCUGUCCCAACGUCCUCAUGACCGUUCUUCCCUCCAAUCCUUCCACAAACCCUAACCCUAAUUUCCUUCCAUGUCAAACCCCUCUUCUCCCAUCACCACCAUUCCCCAUCCAACAAAUUUCCCGCGUCCUUCCCACAAAGCCCUGCUUCAGAGUCCUCUGUUCAUCCCAGAACCCGAACCUCCCGCGGAUCCUCCGGAGAGUGCCCGACUGGGCCGACGCGAUCAAAGAGACCCGGAUGCAUCAGAAGCGGCGCCUCUACAAGCACGGCGACUGGGUGCUGCAUCGGAGCUCCCUGAGGCACCUCAGGCAUCUCUCCACCGUCCUGAGCUCGAGGGUGAUCCUCUCGCUGGUCCCUCCGGUGACCGCGCUCACCUCCGUCGCCGCCGCGGUCGCGGCCUACAACUCCGCGGUAGAUCUGAAUUGGCUGCCGCCUGAGUUUUUCCCGGUGCUGAGGGCCUCUUCUCUGCCAUACCAGUUGACGGCCCCCGCGCUGGCGCUUCUUCUGGUGUUCCGGACUGAGGCCUCCUACUCGAGGCUAGAGGAGGGCCGGAAAGCGUGGAGUAAUGUGAUUGCAGGGGCAAACAACAUGGCAACACAAGUGAUGGCUGUUGUUGAUUGUCAGAGUGAUGCAUUGCUUAGGAAAUCACUCUUACAGUAUAUAAUGGUUUUUCCAGUUGCUCUUAAGUGCCAUUUAGUGUAUGGCUCGGAUAUAGAAAGUGACCUAAAAAACUUGCUUGAAGCUGAUGAUCUGGCUAUAGUUCUGGGUUCAAAGCAUCCACCACGCUGCAUCAUUGAGUUUAUAUCACAUUGCAUUCGUUCUCUCACUAUAGAGGAAACAAAGCUUCAGCUACUGGAAUCAAAGAUCUCAUGUUUCCACGAAAGCCUUGGCGCGUGCGAGCAGCUUGUCAGCAUUCCCAUCCCGCUGUCGUACACACGGCUAACAUCAAGGUUUUUGGUCCUUUGGCAUCUCACGCUCCCCAUUAUAAUAUGGGAUGAGUGCCACUGGAUGGUGAUCCCUGCUACUUUCAUCAGUUCCGCUUCUCUAUUUUGCAUUGAAGAGGUUGGUGUUCUCAUAGAAGAGCCAUUUCCAAUGCUUGCACUUGAUGAGCUGUGCAAUGCACUUCACGAAAGCAUCCGCCAAGCCAUGGCUAACGAGAAAGCAAUUCAAGAAAACAUCAGUGCCAAACGAAAGGCACAUUUUACGUCAAGAAAUGGAUGCUCAGACUCUCUUAACUGAACUAUACUGUAAAUAAAGAAGAAAAGAUUGUAGAUUAAUUAUAUGAACAUAGAUGUACUAUAAACAGAUUUCACACGG